AUGGCUGCACACGCGCGGAGCCAGGCCUUUUGGCUUUCUUAUGAACCCGCAGAGCUCGAGUCCGUGAAGGACGUGCUUCAAUUCCUGAUGAAGAUUCUACCAAGGAAGACCGCUGUCCUCGGAGGAAGGACAGUCCGCGAUGGACAGGGAGUACUGGACAUUGUUGCCUGUACCCCGGCAAGACAGAGGGUCGCCAGUUUCUUCAACGAAAGAAAGUGGAAGCGCAAGGGCGCGCGCGGAAAGAUACAAGAUGCGAAGUGGCCAGAGGCUGGGGAAUCCCCCCGCAACUUCAUGCGGAAGUGGGUAGCGGUUGUCGGUAGACAGUCAGACCAAUUUGGCUCGGAGAGCCAGCUUUUUCGCGUACUCGACUCCUCUUACGAGAGGGAGCGGGAGCGAGACAAAAACCGACGGAGGAAGCGCGCACGCGAUCGGCCCGGCCGCUCAUCAUCUCCAGAAGGCAUCGUCGGGGUCAGUACUGCACCCACGGCGGAAAGCCAAGUGUUGGAUUUUGGCACCUAUUCCGUCCAAGUGGACGACGGGACUUCUUGUCCUGUUGCGGAGAUCCCGUCCGCCGACGAUCUCGACACAUUCCUCAACCGAUAUACUUCCCUACCUCCCGAGACCCGCUCGUGGAGUCUGGACUGCGACUCGACCUUGUUUGGAGACAUAAACGUGGAGGACAUCAGCAUCGACAUGAAUUGGACCACCGGCUUCUCCAUCCUUGAACAACUUGUGUGA